AUGAAAUCGGGAGACGAGACCAAAACGCGAGGCGGCUUCUCCAAUCGGCGAAACACUCCUCCCGCGUCCCUGAAGCAACGCGCAGCGCAUGCGCAGUUUAUCCGAAGCAGCACUCCCGGUGAGCGGCGAGCAGCCAAUCACGUCUUUCUGUGAUCCUCCUUCAUCAUGUCUACUUCCAGUGAUAUCCGUGAGAAGCUGCGCAAGAAGCGGCGGGCGCUGCAGGAGUCCUUGGUGAAAGUCAGGGAUGACACACAGGCUCUGGUUCCUCCUGACUCCGGCGCCACUAAGGAGAGCGCUCACACCAUGGUGGAGGAGCUGACCAGCAGAGAAGAGGACCCGGGUGAAACCCUGCGGCAGUCUCUGAGAGCACAGAGAAUGAAAAAGAAAAAGAUGCUGUUGAAAGAGAUGGAGGUGGAAGAUGAGGUGGUGCAGGAGGUGGUCACGGUUGUGCAGGAGCUGCAGGAGGAGGGUCCAGAAGACUCACAGGCAGAGAGCAUUCGAGUGGCUCGAGCACACAGAGACCUUCCUCCUCUCCCUGGUCCGAGGGCCGACUCCAGCCUGUCAGAGAGCUCUGUGAGGCAGCGUAUGAGGGAGAAGCUGAGAGAGGCCAGGUCCAAAGCUGCGAGUCAGUUGGAGCAGGAGGCUUCGCUGGAGCCGGCCAGUCGUCUGAAGAGCCUCAGAGACAGAGUGACUCUGACCAGAUUCGACCAGGAAUCAGGCGACGCUCCCGGGCACAGCGACGCGUCCACCGCUGCCAGGGUGAAAUUCCGGGAUGCAGCCAGACGCCUCACCAGAGACAAAAAGACCGAGAGCGGUUCGGUGACCGCAGAGGAAGCGUACAACUUCUUCACCUUCAACUUUGACCCCGAACCCGAAGAGCGUCCACCCAAGGUCGAACCAAAGAGCCAAGACGGAAGAGGUGAUGAGCAGGAGGAAGAAGAGGAAACUGACGAGGAAGAAGAGCAUGAAGGAGAGGAGGAGAUCACAGAGCGGGACGAAGAUGCGCCGCUGGUCCAGGAUGAAGAAGAGGAUCUGUUUGUUAUUCAGUCAGCGCAGGACUUUCUGGAAGUCAAGAAGACAGAGUAUGUCGAGUACGACAGCUUAAUGCAGAGAGAGAACGAGCUUCUGUUCAUCCCCAGUAUGAGACCCGUGCCUGCUUCUAGUAAGCUCCCGGAGAACGUGCGUCCCCGUUACCUGGAGGAGGAGGGUCUUUACGUAGGAGAGAGACCGUAUGUUUCCAGGACCAAUCAGAACAUUAUGGAAAACCGCAUUAUAAAGCAGAAUCAGGGGAUGAAGUGGUUUGGCGAUGAUGGCCGGAUCAUGGCGCUACCCGAUCCAAUCAAAGAAUCUUCGUCAAGACCGCCCCUUUUCCAUCUGGAGGAGGAGCUAGAGCCGGCACUACAGACUGUCUACAGAAAGGCGCUAAAAUCCAAGCACGUCAACCGGUACAUCAUAGGAGUCGGAGACCCAGACGGAGACUACCAGCUGGACGUUGAUGUAUCCGGGCUGAUAUUCUCCCAUCAUCCCUUGUUCAGCAGGGAGCACGUACUGGGGGCUCGGCUGGCCCAGCUAUACGACCAGCACCUCACCAGACGCCACAAAAACGUCACCCGUCUCCUGACAGAUAAGUUAAACGGGUUGCGAAAUGCGAUUCACAAUACGCUCGAGCUUCAUAACGGAGAGGGCCUCAGUCUGGUGAGUCAGCAAAGAAUCAUGGAGUACAAGCAGGAAAUAAGACACACUCGUCAGCUCCGAGACUUGGAGCAAGAGAGAGACCGAACUCUGCUGAAGAGCAUUGUGAAAGUGUGGAAAGAGCUCAAAGCCCUGCGGGAGUUCCAGGGAUUCACCAACACGCCCUACAAACUCUACAUCAGGAAAGAGGAGGUGGAGCGAGGACGGGACAAACGAGAACACGAGGCCGAGAUCUUAGCAGAGGUGGCCGAGGUGCAGACCGAGCUCGCCGAGGAUUAUGAGAGGAGGAUGGUUGAAUACCGGAGCCAACUGGAGGAAUGGAGGUCCUGGAGGAGGAAGCAGAAAGCUGUGAAGCAGAAGAAGAAAAGACAGCAGUCUGAAGAUGAGGAAGAGGAAGAACAGGACGAGAACAACGAGGAAGAGGUGCGAGUGAAACCAGAACCUCCAGAGAAACCGGACAUGGCGAGCCUGGAGCAGGAGGUUCGAGAGAAAGCCGCAAAGAUCCGCAGGAAGCCGGGAGAACCAGUUCUGGUUCCGGAGCUUACAGUGACCUGUCCGGUCACUCCUAACGAGCAGUGUCCGCGGGGCGAAUUUGCACGGCGGGAGGACGUAGCAAAGCGCUCGCUCUUCAUUAAAGUGCUUUACAACGACAAAGAAGUUUCCAGAACAGACAGUCGCUCGCUCAGCAUGGACUUCCGGGUUCACUUCGGCCAAAUGUUCAACCUGAAGAUCGUGAACUGGCCCGAGAGCGUCAAACUUCAGGUGUACGAGAGCGCCGGAUCAUCUACCAAUCUGUUAGCGGAGGUGUGCGUGCCGGUUCCGGAAACGUCCAUCCUAACAGGAAGGGCUUCGUCCGAAGAGAUGGAGUUCAGCAGCAACCAGAGGGUCGCGUUUAACCACGAGGGCGUCGGCAGUGAUGUGCCGUUCUCGUUCAUGGCCGACGGCAGUAACAAGCAGACGCUCCUGACCUCGGGGAAGCUGUCCUGCUGUGUGUCCUGGGCCGUAGGAGAGGAUGACCUACCCCUGGCUCCGCCCUCCGGCCAGCCCGGUGCAGGUAUCCACAGUGGUCUGAGGCAGAUGGAUGCCAUAGCGUGCAUCGGCGCCUCCGGGCUAAAUGACAUGAAGAAGCUGGGGAAAUGGGCAGCCGAAUCUCGCCUCGACCCCAACGACCCCAACAACUCCUCCAUAAUGCAGCUACUCUCAGUGGCGAGCGGAGGAGAGCUAGCGGCCCCGGAUUAUUUCCGAGUGGAGCAGUUGCAGGAGGAGUUCAACUUCCUGUCUGACGAGGAGCUGGAGCGCUCGCGCCGCUUUCGCCUGCUCAGGUUGAGAAGCCAGGAGGUGGCCGAGUUCCGGCAUUUAAAAUCCGUGCCUUCUACAGAGCGCGAGAUCUCGGAGAAAGUGUUCGAGGAUUAUGAGCGCAGACUGAAGGAAGGAGAGCUGGUCGACACCAAGGAGCACAUGGAUGCACACAGAGCUUUGGUGGCCAAAUAUCUACAGAAAGUGCGGGAGUCGGUCAUUAACCGCUUCCUCGUAGCUAAACAUCAUUAUGUUCUGUCGGAUGUGAUAGUAGAAGAGGAGGUACCGAGCAUUGGGAUUUUAGGCCUGAACCUGUUCAAGCUGGCCGAGCCCAAGCGUCCUCUGAAGCCUAGAAGAAAAGAGAGGAAGAAAGUGACGGCUCAGAACCUUUCAGACGGAGACAUCAAACUACUCCUGAACGUCAUCCGAGGCUACGACGUCCCCGUCAGGAAACCUCACACCAGCAAACCCACAGCGGCGUCUAAGAGCGCUCGGUCCCACGCUGAGCCGUUUGCGUCGGCUCAGUCUUCUCAGACCGCCCUCCAGGGCAGCGAGUGGCCCCUCGGCCAGGCUCAGAUCCGUCCCUACGUUGAGGUCUCGUUUCAGCGUACAGUACUGCGGACAUCUACAGCCGAGGGUCCGAACCCCUGCUGGAACGAAGAGCUGGUGCUUCCGUUCAGCGCCCCAAACGGAGACUAUAGCACGUCCAACCUGCAGGCUGUCCGCGACGAGGUCUUCAUCAGCGUCUUCGACGAGGUCCUGUACGAGGUGGUCGAGGAUGACAGAGAAAGAGGAAGCAGUGUUUAUACACGUAUUGAAAAACACUGGCUGGGCUCCAUCAAGAUUCCAUUCAGCACAAUCUACCUACAGUCACGAAUCGACGGGACGUUUAAGGUGGCCACGCCCCCAGUGUUGCUAGGCUACAGUCAAGAGCGGAGCCUGGGCGGCGAGGGUGGCUAUGACACGGUUCGGAGUCUAAGUGAAGGCACCUAUCUCACCCUCUUCAUCACCAUUGAACCACAGCUGAUGCCUGGAGACACCGUCAGAGAAAAAUUUGACUCUCAGGAAGGUGAGCAUUUGCUCUUGGCAUGCGAAAGCUUCGAGAAGGACGCGGCGAAGAGUUUCCUGGACCGCCCCUGUCUCACCACCGUGGUGGAUAUGAAUGGCAAAACCGUCUUCAUCACGCGCUUCAUCCGCCCUCUCGGCCCUCCGCAGGAGCUGCUGGACGCUUUUCCCAACAACCCCCAGGAGGCCACGGAACUGGUUGCUCGAUUUGUUUCUCUCGUCCCCUUUCUCCCAGACAGCGUGUCUUUCUCUGGCAUUUGUGAUUUAUGGAGCACCUGCGAUCAAUUUCUGAUGCUGUUAGCGGGAGACGAAGAGGAGCACGCCGUCCUGCUCUGCAAUUACUUCCUGUCCAUGGGUAAAAAGGCGUGGCUCAUCAUAGGAACCGCCAUCCCUGAGGGUCCCACGGCGUACGUUCUCACCCAAGAACAGAACCGCUAUGUGAUCUGGAACCCCAGUACGGGUCAGUACUACGGACAAUAUGACACCUUCUGCCCACUGCAGACUGUUGGCUGCCUGGUCAACGCUGAUAAUGUGUGGUUUAAUAUCCAGACCUACGCCACUCCCAUGAGGAUGGGGUUCGACGUCACCAAACCCAAGUGCUGGAAACCAUUCUUCUCCAGAGCGUUCCCCAACCCCGGGCUCUCCAGCAUACAGCCUGAGGAACUGGUGUACAGGAGGACAGACAAGGCAGCUGCAGCAGAGUUACAGGACAGGAUAGAAAAGGUGCUGAGGGAGAAGAUCAUGGAAUGGCGCCCGAGACACCCGACUCGCUGGAACCGCUACUGCACCUCGACCUUACGUCACUUCCUGCCAAACCUGGAACGCAGCGGAGGCCGUGAGGUCUCCGAGGAGCACCGCAUCGAGCUGCAAAGCCUGCUGGGAGACUACAGGAUCUCCGGGUUUCCCCUACACCUUCCGUUCUCUGAGAUCCGGCCGAUCGUCGAGGCCGUGCACAGCACAGGCGUACACAGAGCCGAGGCUUCCAACGUGGAGUUUGCGCUGGCCGUGUACGUCCAUCCUUACCCCAGUAACGUACUCUCUGUGUGGGUUUAUAUCGCCUCGCUUGUCCGAACACGCUAGCUUUCACAAUAUUGCAAGUAGCCAUAAAUGGGUGAAUUUUUUUUUUUUUAUGACGACUUUUUUUUUUCACCUGAACUGUCUGCUUAGAGGUUAAUUUAAUUAUAUUUAUAUAAUUAUAUUAGAUUUUAAUCAGUGUAUAAAGAAGUAUAUUUUGUGACGGAGUUUAUACUGAAGAUUUUGUAUUUGUACUUGAAUCGAACAAUGGUUUCAGCAUCAGUGAUGAAAGCAUGAAGUUGCACAGGCCAUACAAGCACAACUUUUUUUUUUGUGUGUUAUCAUAUUAUAGAGUAAGAGUUUAGUGGACACUAAAAAGGUCUUUUUUUAAACCGCUAUUUUCAAACAUAACUUAUACAUAAAUAGCAAACAAAUAUUAUACAUAAAUAGUAUUACAGAAAAAUAUCUGCAUGCCUGUAAGGAAAGCAACAUAUUACAUGAUGGACAAAAAAAAACUAAUUUAGGCUCUUUCGUUUUACAUGAAAAUUGAAAGUAGCGAGUGAUAAAGUUAAUCUUUGAAGUGGUUACUUUCUCCAGCACGCUCAGUAAAACCUAACAGCUAUUUUACUUAUGAAACUGCACACAUCUGUAUCUACUGUAACACUACAGAUUAUUUUCAAUCAAAGAGUUUUCACACCAAAUCUUGACUGUGUUAAUUUUAUUAAUCUUUAGCAUUCUUUAUAGAAGUUUCUUUUAUAUAGAAAUGUAGAAAUAAAGACAUUUUUGUUUGUGCAACAUUUUUUUUUUUUAUCUGCUACAGGUUUUUGCACAGUACUGUAAGUAAAACAGCUGGAUGGUUUUACUGAGUGUGCUGGAGAAUAUGAGGUUUUUGUGGUAACUUUGCCACACACACAAAACCCAGGAGCCUACAUUAC